GCUAACAGAAAGCAGUUUGUUCAAAUAGAAAAUACUAGUGAAACAUGAAGUAAGCUAUCCUAAUGAAAUAAAUGCAACAAUGAGUAACUUUCCCGAGAUCAGUGCUAAGAGUGUAUUGAGAGAGGCUGCAUAUAGCCCAUAGUUUAAACAGAAUAGAAUUUAGAGGUUUCUUUUUCGUCCCCCUGGAUAUCAUACUGUACAACAACAACUGUGGUAUGUGGUAUCGCACAUCACUAAUUAUAACCUUCAUCAAGCUGCCCCGAACAGAUAACCAUGGUCCAAGCCAAGACGUGGAUCCUUACCAAGCACUUUGACGGCUUCCCGAAGGACAGCGACUUUGAGCUUAAGGUGGAGGAGCUUUCGGCACCCAAAGAUGGGGAGGUGCUUUUGGAAGCAGUGUUUCUCAGUGUCGACCCAUACAUGAGGCCAUUCAGUAGGGUUCGCAUGAAUGAAGGCGAUGUGAUGAUUGGAACUCAAGUGGCCAAAGUGAUUCAAAGUAGUAACCCAGCAUUUCCUGUGGGAAGCCAUGUUGUUGGUCGUUGUGGCUGGAGAACCCACACAGUCUGUGAUGGGACAGACCUCAUUCCAGUCAUGCCUGACUGGCCGCAAGACGUCUCGUUGUCCCUGGCUCUGGGUGGCAUCGGCAUGCCAGGACUGACAGCUCUGUACGGGAUAGAAGAAGUCUUGGGACUCCAGAAGGGGGAGACCCUGCUGGUGAAUGCUGCAGCCGGGGCAGUGGGCUCCGUGGUGGGCCAGAUUGCAAAGAUCAAGGGCUGUAAAGUGGUGGGUUCAGCAGGGUCUGAUGCCAAGGUGGCUUUCCUCAAAGAACUGGGCUUCGAUGAGGCCUUCAACUACAAGACUGUUGGUUCCCUGGAGGAGGCACUGAAGAAGGCUUCUCCAGAAGGAUAUGACUGUUUCUUUGAAAAUGUGGGAGGCCCUUUUUCAAGCGUUGCGAUACAGCAAAUGAAGAACUUUGGAAGAAUAGCUGUGUGUGGAGCUAUUUCCACAUAUAAUGACACCACACCCCAAACAGGCCCAUACCCCCACCUGACCAUGAUCUUCAAGCAGCUUAAGAUGGAGGGCUUCAUGCAGAGCAGGUGGGAGCACAAGCACCCGGAGUCCCUUAAGAGGCUGAUAGGAUGGUUGAAAGAGGGCAAACUGCAGUGUCGGGAGCACAUCACAAAAGGCUUUGAAAAGAUGCCAGCUGCUUUUAUGGGGAUACUGCAGGGAGAAAACGUCGGCAAGGCUAUUGUCGCAGUCUGAUGUGGAAAGCGAGAUCAAUGGAGAAGAAUCAGUAUUAUUAAUACCUGACCCAUUAUUACAGAAUUCAUACAUGAAGGACUGAGCAGUAGACAGUUGGCAACUAUUUUUUCUUCGUAUUAACAGAUAAAAAAAUGUGAUUCAUCAUAUUUAGCAUUAGUUCAGAAGUCAUUGUUAGAGAGUUAAGUCUGAAACCAUUUUUUUUAUUUAGAUGGUUUUAUCAAACUGCAACAUCUGCUAGGUUUGGAUUUUCAUUCAUGGUAAGGCACAUUUUUUGGUAAUGCGUUUAAAUAAAAUAGUUACUUUAAAGAAUCCCUUUUGGAAGCACAAAUCUUAGCAUUUGUUCCUCAUGUGCCACUACAUGGUAGCAAACUAGUUGAACCUACUGAAUUUUUUUACAAAUUAGUUUUUAACCACCAUCCAGAUAAUUGAGUAUACAGAACAUUGUUUGGGAGACCUCAGACUACUGUGGGAAAUCGGCAAGGUACGAGAAGAGCGUUUUACUCUAUGAGGUCGACCCAAGAUUGUUGGUCUUCUAUGCCAGAAAGUACCUGAAUGAGAUGUGUAGAUCUGCUGCUGAUACAUUCAUACGUUACUCACUGUAACAUAAUUAACCAUGUGCUUUGUAUUUAGUGAGAGCUUUUGUAUAAGUAAUAAAAUUCAGCGUAUUUGUUUUCAAA